GGAUAAGAAGUUUCAGCUGUUCACCUUUCACGUUCAUAAAAAAUUUAAUUUAGACUGAAGAUUAUCCUUCCCCCACUUGAAAAGUUAAAAAUGUCUGCAUCAGCAGCAAAUCCACAACCUAAAAAGGCUGAAAAAUUACGCCUGAUAACAUAUCUAUCUCCUGGUAUACCUAUUGAGCUGUUUGAAACCUUGAUGCAUUACUUAGAACAAGUGACAGGGCGUGAAGCUUACAUUAUUCAUGAAUCUAGAUGGAGCUGCCCCCCUUCAGAAAGGGUAGAUCUCUUUACUACAGAUGAAGUUGAUAUUGGAUUUAUGUGUGGUUCAGGUUAUAUUAGAUUAAGAGAUAAUCCCAAUGUAGAACUAUGUAAAGCAGCACCAUUACAUAUUCAUAAGAAUUCCCAGAAUAGACCAGUUUAUUUCUCAGAUGUUAUUAUUGAUAGUUCCAAUAAAUUGAAAUAUAAAGAAUUUCAAGAUUUAAAAGGACAUAAAUGGGCAUAUAAUGAUAACUUAUCUGUCAGUGGUAAUUUAAUUGUGUUGAAGAAUCUUAAACAGAUGGGUGUUAAUUCAACAUUUUUUGGUAAUAUAUUAUGUUCAGGUAGCCAUCUUAAAUCAAUAGAAAUGGUAUUAGAUGGUACAGUAGAUGCUGCAGCUAUAGAUUCUAAUACAUUAUCAGCAUAUCUUAAAUCUCAUCCACAUCUUAAAGAUAGAAUUACUAUUAUUACUUCUUUUGGUCCAAUGCCAGUUUAUCCUGUUGUCUUUAACUCAAGAUUACCAGGAGAACUAAAAGACCAAAUAACUAAAGGACUAUUAGAGAUAAAUAAGAAGCCAGAGUGGAAAGAGAAAUUGUUAGAACUAGGUGUCAAUGGUUAUAUACCUAUAGAUUCAUCAUUAUAUAACCUAGAAACAGAACUAGUUGAUCUAGUAAAAGGAUUGAGUAUAGUAGCUGCUUAUUAUUAACAUACAUGUCUGAAUUUUAGUCCAAUUUAUUUUUUUAUGAUUGACUGGCAAACAUAAGGUCUUUGUUACUUCAAUGGUGUCUGAUUAGAUUUUGAAUGUAUAAGUAGAUGCAUUUUUAUUUCUUUUUUGAUUCAGUAACAAUCCCAACUUAAAGCCAUAGAAGUAUGUUUUUUCAUUCUUCCUUAUUGAAUGAAUUCCUAGAAUGUUGUAAUGUAAAAUGGAUAUGUUGAUGGUUUGUGGCUAGAUGUUACUAUUGUAUUGAUUGAUCAAUUAAUGAACAAAAUAAUAUUUGAUAAUGUUAUGUUAUGUUACUUUAAAAAUUAUGUUUAUUAUGUUUGUUAUACAUGUAAUUUCUCUAUAUUGUUUGUUAUCAAAUUUGUUGUAAAUUGUUAUGGUUAAAAUAUUUUACUCUGAUAUUAUUGAAUACAUUGGAUAACAUUUUAACAAUGAAGAAAUCCUGUUAUUAUUGUAAUUGGUUAGUUUAUGAUUAUUAUAUUUUGUUUCGUUUUUCUGAUAUAUGGAUAAAGAUAGAUUAUGUUUAUAGCUAGAUUUUUUGGAAGCAUUAUUUNUCUGUCAUGGCAUUCAAAUUGAAUGAUUCAAUCCUUCAAUAAAUUUUUGUUUUCCGCUCCAUAAGGCUCAAUUUCAGCUAUCUACAGCAUGUCUGUAUUAUGUUAUUUUUAACCUAACACUGAUAGAUGAAUUUGUUACCCACCAGUAAGUAAUCAUUCAAUUUUGUAUUUGACCGACAUUGAAUGACUAGCCAAACUUUACUCGAUGUCUGGCGAAGGCUUGUGUCUCUUGGACAUUUGAGAUGCCCUGCCACUAAUGUCUGGUCAAUAGAGUCAACAGUCCUGUCAGAUGUUUUUUCCAUAUAAAUAAACAAAAGCUACAGCAAACGUUAUCAAGAUUCCUUUAUGUGAUUCAUGGCUCAAUCAGACUUUGCAUUUACAAUCUGAAAAUAGCUAUUAAUUGCUGGCAAAGAAAAUAUUUAUCAUUUACACUAAUGGUCUUGCUGUCACUGAAGUAUAGCAAGUAUUAACCAUAUUAGUUGGUGCUGCUAUCAGGAAAAGCUUGGGAUUUAUGUUGCCUGCAUAUACACUAGUAAAAUUAAAAACAAAUUUCAUCUUGAAAUUGAUUGAUCACAUUCUUGAAAACCUUGUCCAUUUGUCAUUCUCUUGGAUGUUUUUAGAUAAUUUUAUUGAUAUUAUUAAUUGAUAAAUUAUGACUGAGGACUAUAUUUCUACUGUGUAUCAAAUCUGUAUUUUUCUAUUAUUAAAUGACAACAAUAGUU